AUGUGGAUAGGGCGAACAGGAGCGCCAUGGAGAGCUUUGCCUGAAGAAUAUGGCAAGUGGUUUAGUGUGCAUAAAAGAUUCAUAAGAUGGGCAAAAGCAGGUGUGUGGCAGAUGAUUUUCAAUACUCUAGCUGUAGACGAAGACACGGAAUGGCUGAUGAUAGACUCAACAAUAAUAAGGGCACAUCAGCAUGCAGCUGGUGCUAAAAAAAAAUGAGGAGACUGAAGAGGAAAAUCAGGGAUUGGGGCGAUCUAAAGGUGGUUAUUCAACCAAAUUACAUGCUGCUUGUGAUGCUCUUGGCAACCCAUUAAGGUUUUUUGUUACUGCUGGACAAAGGUCGGAUUAUGUAAAGGCUUUAGACUUAGUGGAAGGCAAGAAAAUGGCAGCACUUAUUGCAGAUAAAGGGUAUGACGCAAAUUAUAUGAUUAAAGCGGCAGAAGCUAUCAAUGCUGAACCGGUUAUUCCACCACGUUCCAAUAGAAAAACACCAAGAGAAUACGAUAAAGAGCUUUAUAAAGAGAGAAAUCUCAUCGAAAGAAUGUUCAAUAAACUCAAGAAUUUUCGUAGGGUUGCUACUCGUUAUGAUAAAUUAGCUAUUUCUUUCUUAUCUUUUGUCCAUAUUGCUUCUAUAUAUCUUUGGUUAAAAUAA